CCUCUCCCCUCCCCUUCCGAAGCUCUCUCUACUAAUUCUGCCCCAAAGCUACCAACCAAACCAAACCAAACCAAAAUCGGAGAAGAAGAAGAAAAAAAGGAAGUUUUGGUUGUACCACCGGAUCGGAUCGGAAUCGGAGAUCCCCAUGGCGACGGCGACGGCGACGGCGAGCAUCCAACCAUCCCUCGGCCGUCACAAGCUGCUCUACGGAAUCGCCCCCCGAUCCGACCCUAAUUUCCCACCCCGAGCUCUCCUCAUCCGAGCCAUCCACCGCCCCGACGCCUCCUCCGCCUCCGCGCACUUCCUCCACAGCAGCCGCGCCGAGUGGCAGAGCUCCUGCGCCAUCCUCUCCAGCAAGGUCGCCGCGCUCUCCCCCACCAACGAAGACAAGCCCCCCUCCGCCUCCGCCUCCGCCGCGGGCGGGGGCGGGGGAGGGGGAGGGAGCGAGGAGACGAAGCUCGCGGUGAACGGGCACAUUGGGUCGGGGUCGUCGGGGUCGUCGUACCUGGUGCCGGUGGAGAACCUGCCCCGGCCGCUGUCGAUCGCGGACCUGUCGCCGGCGCCGAUGCACGGGUCGCAGCUGCGCGUGGCGUACCAGGGGGUGCCGGGCGCGUACAGCGAGGCGGCGGCGGGGAAGGCGUACCCGAACUGCGAGGCGAUCCCGUGCGACCAGUUCGAGGUGGCGUUCCAGGCGGUGGAGCUGUGGAUCGCGGACCGCGCGGUGCUGCCGGUGGAGAACUCGCUGGGGGGCAGCAUCCACCGCAACUACGACCUGCUGCUGCGGCACCGGCUGCACAUCGUGGGGGAGGUGCAGCUGCCCGUGCACCACUGCCUGCUGGCCCUGCCCGGGGUGCGCAAGGAGUGCCUGACGCGCGUGAUCAGCCACCCGCAGGCGCUGGCCCAGUGCGAGCUGACGCUGACGGCGCUGGGCCUGAACGUGGCCCGCGAGGCCUUCGACGACACGGCGGGGGCCGCCGAGUACGUGGCCGCCAACGGCCUGCGCGACACGGCGGCCAUCGCGUCGGCCCGCGCCGCCGAGCUGUACGGGAUGCAGGUGCUGGCCGACGGCAUCCAGGACGACGCCGGCAACGUCACGCGCUUCGUGAUGCUGGCGCGCGAGCCCAUCAUCCCCCGCACCGACCGCCCCUUCAAGACCAGCAUCGUCUUCGCCCACGACCGCGAGGGCACCUCCGUCCUCUUCAAGGUGCUCUCCGCCUUCGCCUUCCGCAACAUCAGCCUCACCAAGAUCGAGAGCCGCCCCCACCGCCACCGCCCCAUCCGCCUCGUCGACGACGCCAACGUCGGCACCGCCAAGCACUUCGAGUACAUGUUCUACGUCGACUUCGAGGCCUCCAUGGCCGAGCCCAGGGCCCAGAACGCCCUCGCCGAGAUCCAGGAGUUCACCUCCUUCCUCCGCGUCCUCGGGAGCUACCCCAUGGACAUGACCCCCUGGAGCGGCGGAGGAGGAGGAGGCGCAUCGCCCUCCUCUUCCUCCUCUUCCUCUUCGUCCUCCUCCUCUUCCUCUUCCUCUUCCUCUUCCUCCUCCCCGGCGGGCUCGUCGUCGUGAAAGCAACGCCACAACCUUCGCCCGUCCCCUCCGGCGUUGAAUUGUUGAAGGCCUAAUUACAUUACCACUUCUUUUUAUUAAAAAAAAAAGAAAAAAGAAAAAAGAAAAAGAAUUUUCCUUUGUAAUUUUGUUUCUAUGAUGAUGAUGAUUAUUAUAUUAUUAUCCUUAGUGGUAGUAUUAUUAUUUUUCUUUCUUUGGGGUGGGUUUGGUGGGUAUACCUUACCUAUUUUUAAAUCCCGAUCCCGAUUAUUAUUGUUAUUGUUAUUGAUUGAUUAUUGAUCUGUGGGUGGGCUCAGCAGCUGAUGAUCAUCAGAACAUGAAGUUGCGGGUCUGACUGGUGGGCCAUCGUCUCCCACUAAUAGCGAAAGAAGACGAACAGUCCCCAGUCGUCGGCAGCCCUUUGAUAAGAUGUGAGAGAGUUAUUAGAGAGAAUUAUUAUGGUAGAUGAUUACCCGAGCUACUUAAUUAUUAUUUGGUUUAUUUGUUAAAUACUGGUCCUACGAAGCAUCUCUCUUUCAUUAUUUUUAUUUUUCUUUUUUCACAUGUAAGCUCCUCAACACUUUUCAUUUAUACGUAUUCUGGGGUAGGUUGCCGUCAUUAACUUCAAUAUUAGUUGGGUAGUCGUUUAUAUUGACUUGUCUUCGGAAGUGGGCCUCAGAACUUUUGUUCCUACUUGCGGAGCACCUACAAUAGGCGCUCUCGAUCCAGAGAACCCUUGCUCAAGGGCUCCAUCCCAAGGGUGUAUUUAUUUUACUCAAAGCAAAGAGGAAUAUAAUACUUUUCAAUUUUAAAUA